AGUUUUAUACUCCGCCCUGGGAGGAGUUUAUCAUCAUGAGCAGAUGGAGUUUAUCAUCAUCAUGAACCAGACGGGCAGGAUGUGAACACGAUCUCUCACAGCUGGAGCUGAAAGAUCUGGAUUUCCUCUGCACCAUCCCUGUUUCUGUGAUUCGCUCUGUUAGUGAGUCAGGAUGGGCUAAAAACAUUUGCUAGCACCUGCGCACCAUACAUCUGGACCCUCCACAGUCUCGCCUGUGCACAGGUGUUUAGUAUCGACACCAUGCAGGGACCUCGGAGGAAGAUGAAGGUCAUGGUGAUGAUGAUGAUGGUGUUCAUCUUCAUAGUGGUGGAGGUUUCUCGCAAUGCUGGGAAGGAAGACAGCAACAAAAAUAAGCUGCUGGUUCCCACGAAGCGUUUCUGGGCAAAAGAUCUUCCCAGUGACGCAUACUGGAAUCGCCUGCAGCAACAGCUGAACUACAUCCACAACCGCAACCUAGAAAAGCUCAACUUCACGACUGAUAAGCUUCCAGACUGGCUAAACGAUACGGUCAGUCUGGACUCCUGUGAGCCAGACUUCAAGGUAACCACCCAAGUCAAGGAUUACAACUCGCUACCAGAUCGCUUCAAGGACUUCCUGCUGUCUAUGCGCUGCAGGUCCUAUCCCAUCGUGCUGGACCAGCCAGACAUGUGCAAAGACCCACCGUUCCUCCUCCUAGGAAUUAAAUCUUUAGUCCCACACUUUGAUCGACGACAGGCCAUCCGCCAGUCAUGGGGCAAAGCUGGCCGCCUUGCAAACAAAACAGUUGUCACGGUGUUUCUCCUCGGAAACGCAACCACGGAGGACUACUUCCCAGAUCUCUCAAAGAUGCUCCAACAUGAGAGUGCCAUACAUCAGGAUAUUCUUCAAUGGGACUAUAGGGACACCUUUUUCAACCUCACCAUCAAGGAAGUGCUUUUCCUGGAAUGGCUGAGCACCCGCUGUCCCGGAGUCAGUUACGUUUUCAAGGGCGAUGACGAUGUUUUUGUUAACACCGUCCGCAUUCUAGACUUCCUAAGCAAUCUUUCUCAUGCCAAAGCCAAGGAACUGUUUGUAGGAGAUGUGAUCACCAACGCUGGUCCGCAUAGAGACAAAAAGGUCAAGUAUUUUAUCCCGGAGAGCGUGUUUGUUGGUGCGUACCCUUCCUAUGCGGGUGGGGGCGGUUAUUUGUUCUCGGGACAGCUGGUCCAGAAACUUCAUAACAUCUCAAAGUCGGUGCCCCUGUACCCCAUUGAUGAUGUCUACACAGGUAUGUGCCUUAAGAAACUGGGUCUUGCCCCUGAAAAGCACAAAGGCUUCAGAACUUUUGAUAUCGAUGAGAAAUAUCGCAAUAAUGCCUGUGCCUAUAAAAGCCUGAUGCUGGUGCAUCCCAGAAGUCCUCAACAUAUGAUUAAAAUCUGGGCCUGGCUGAAUGACCCAGCCUUGAACUGUCGCUGAACUGCUGGUUUUGGCUGCUUUAAAGGGACAGUUCAACCAAAAACGUUCAUUCUGUCAUCAUUUACUCACCCUCAUGACAUUCCAAACCUUUAUGAAUGAAUUCCUUCCUUUUCUUGCUUUCUUUCACGUUCUUUGACCAGAAAAGCACUGUGAUAUUUUUCAAUGAAGUCAGUGGGAUCCAGGUUUUUUUUUUUUUUUUUUUUUUUUUUUGGACCCUAUUGACUUUCAUUGUAUGGACAUAGUCAUUUUUCAGAAUGUAUUCUUCUGCAGUUUGGAAUAACGAGAUGGUAAAUAAAUGAUGACAAAAUUGUCAAUUUUGGGUGAACUAGCCCUUUAACAUUUUACUGUGUUCUAAUGUGAUUUUUAUUUAGCAUCUUUAUGGACUUCAUUUCAUGUCAAAGGUCAGAAGCAAUGAUGAGCUUCUUUUAGAUGUGGCUCUGAUUUUCAACCCACGUAGUAUUGCAAUUUCUUGACUUUUUGUGUCAGGAAAUUCUGAUGAUAAUGUUACAAGUAUUUAUACAGUGCUUUCUGGUUGUGUGAUCAGCAGUGCUGAGGAUUGUGGGGGAUGUAGUUCAGCUGGUCUGGACAUGGCACUGUCGAUACAAUGCACACCUAGGCAUAUGUCUGUUGAUCAUUGAGUUGGAUUUUUUUUUCUAUUGGAGAAUUCUGUUGCAUUAUGCUAAAAUGAACACGGUUGAACACUCAUACAUUAAGAAAUCUUGCAGACAUCUAUGCAGCCUUUAUAAGCCUCAUCCAUACUUGCUGUUUUAAUUCUCUGUAAUGUGUAGGAAAAUAUUGCCAUGUGGAGUUGGCUCAUUUUAGAGCCCUAUUUGUGGCGACAGUGGUUUUGUAUGUCAACUAAAUAUAUGUUGCCUACCCAAACUUCUACAUGCAUGCUUUUGACUUCAUGCAUGAAUGUCUCUCUUGCUUCUAUUUUUUUCAGGAAUGGACAAUCAGUUGCAAGUCGUAAUCUUAGUUUUGUAUUAACAGGUUAGCCAAUACCGGGUCAAAUAAAUAUGUAAAAGGUACAAAAUCAUUAACUAAAAACCAGACUUAGUGCUUGUUACCCUCUCAGAUCCGAUUCUCAAUUUUUUCAAAAUGUUUUUUUUUUUUUUUUUUUUUUUUUUUUUGAGAGAGACAGAGAGCAUUUUGGUAAAAAAAAAUAUAUAUUUUAUGUGGUUAAUGUUUCAUUUGAAAUCCAGGGAUCCCACACUUUAUCUUCUUGAUUAAAUGAAUGGAACUUUGUAGCCAAUUUCCCAGAGCCAAAUUUAGCCUGUCUCUGUCAUCAUCAUGCUGGCCUUGCUUUUUAUCUCCUAUAAAGAGGCCAGGAAACAGGGCCAGAGCUGGAUGACUUAACUAAAUUUGACAAAACGGCCCAUGUUAUACUGUUACAGUGACCCCUUGUGGUCUGCAUGUUUUUUUCUUUUUUUAAAUAAACACAGGACCUUUAUUCAUAAUUUGCAUACAGCUUGAUGGAAUAUUUAAAUAAUGCCUAUGGCCUGCCAGUCAACUAGUAAGGCAAAUAUAUUUUUCUGUUUUGGUUUUGGUUAUGACCAUUUAUCAUCAGCUGUGCCUCCCAUUUAUAUAUAUAUAUAAAAAGCAAUUAGUAAUUAUGACAGGGUGUGCUGACUAUAUCCGCUCUAUCCAUUAUUUUUCACUCCGCCUCAUUGGUUGUUUGCAGAAGAGCUAAAUCAAACUUGCGUCAUGUAGUGUUUAUGUAAUGUCACAAUUUGUAGUUUUUAAUAUUAAGUUGUCCAAAAGCUAUGAGGAAUGAGGUGGUUUUAUAUUGAAUCUGCUAAUAACAGACAAACAGUUUAACAGCCUAAUUUUGCGUUUGGUGAGGGAAACGAAGUGUUUACAUGAGUUCAUGAACAGUGCAGAAUGCUUGUAUUUAUAAACUACAAUUUUAUUCAUGACAAAGGUGGAUUAUGCAAGCUUUUAUACACUGGUAUUUAAUGCACUCCUGUGAGUUUCAAACUCUUUAGGCCGUUGUUGUUCAUGCAUCUACGCAUAACAUUGCAGAAAAUGAACUCCUGUUGUUGCUUUGUUGUCCACAACUGUGAUGUUUAUGUAUCAGAAAUUAAUUUAAAAAGCAAUUUAGUUUAAAGUUUUCUGUCAUAAGGUAUUCAAAUUUAUUUGAUGCCUUAAAUGUGGCUUUAGUUGUGCAUGUAUGUGUAUUUAUGGUGAUGCAUGUGUGUAUACUAUAUAUAGGCUGGUGAGUAGGAUUAUGAAAAUCCAGUUCUACAAAUGAAAUCAAUGCUGUCUUUUUAAAUGAAUCUAUUUGUAUUUUUGAAUUAUUUCUCAGUCAUGUGUCUAUAUGGAAUUUCUAAAACCAUAAUAGCUUUCAGGUAUUUCACUUUUUUUCUCCACAAAAAUAAUUUUAUAGCAGUCAAAUUACUUUUACCACAUAUUUAUAUGCCUGGUUAUUAUUUUCAUAUUUUAUUAUAUGGAUCUAUUAUUUUCAACUACAAAAACAUCAUUACCAAAAUGUGCCUGUUAAUAAUUCUGAUUGUUAAUCAUUGUCUGUCUGUCUUUUGUUGUUGAAUAUGCACAUUUAUGUUUGUCACGUUUAUGCCUUUUUAAACUUCAGUUCUUAUAAUAAAUGGAAUAAACUGUUUUGUACCUAUGUCA